CCCUCGCAGUGGCCGCCUGCUCCGCCGCUCGCCGCCCGCGGGUUCCAUUGAGAAAAGCUGAGCGGCGGCGGCGGCGAGUGCGCGGGAGCGGAGGAGCCGGCACCCGCCCGCCGGGCAGUCCGCGCACCCGCAGCGCAGGACCGUGGCCUCUCGGGCCUCCGCGGCGGCGCCAGCGGCUCCGGGGCUGGACGUGCGGGCUGGGGGCGCGGGCCGGGGCGGCCGCGGAGACCGGGGGCCGGGGGCAUGAGCGGCCCCGCGGCCCCUCCGCGCCCCCGCCGCCCGCCGCCGCCCGCCCGGGGCUAGAGGCGGCCGCCGGGAGGGCGCGCGGCGCCGGAGACAUGUCCAGGAGGAAACAGAGCAACCCCCGGCAGAUCAAGCGUUCCCUUGGAGACAUGGAGGCCGGAGAGGAGGUGCAAUUGGUAGGCACCAGCCACACGGAGCAAAAGGCCACGGCGCCUGAAGCCCCAAGCCCUCCCAGUACAGAUGUUAGCUCACCCCCACCGCCGCUGACCCCCACAUCCCUAGGAGGCCCCAAGGAGCUGGAAGGACAGGAACCGGAACCCAGGCCCACGGAGGAAGAGCCGGGCAGUCCUUGGAGCGGGCCAGACGAGCUGGAGCCGGUGGUGCAGGAUGGGCAGAGGCGUGUACGGGCCCGACUCAGCCUCGCCAUGGGCCUGUCCUGGGGCCCGUUCCAUGGGAGUGUCCAGACCGGAGCCUCGUCCCCCGGGCAGGUGGAGCCGAGCCCAGCCCUGACCCUGCUGCUGGUGGACGAAGCCUGCUGGCUGAGAACGCUGCCCCAGGCCCUGACCGAGGCCGAGGCCAACACAGAGAUCCACAGGAAGGAUGACGCGCUCUGGUGUAGGGUCACCAAGCCGGUGCCCGCAGGGGGACUCUUAAGCGUGCUCCUCACAGCCGAGCCCCGCAGCACCCCCAGCCACCCUGUGAAGAAGGAGCCAGCAGAGCCCACGUGCCUGGCCCCUGCACACGACCUCCAGCUCCUGCCCCAGCAGGCCGGGAUGGCCUCCAUCCUUGCCACCGCAGUGAUCAACAAAGACGUCUUCCCCUGCAAGGACUGUGGCAUCUGGUACCGCAGCGAGCGCAACCUGCAGGCGCACUUGCUCUACUACUGUGCCAGCCGCCAAGGCGCUGGCUCCCCGGCCGCAGCUGCUACGGACGAGAAGCCCAAGGAGACCUACCCCAACGAACGCGUCUGCCCCUUCCCCCAGUGCCGCAAGAGCUGCCCCAGCGCCAGCUCCCUGGAGAUCCAUAUGCGCAGCCACAGCGGAGAGCGGCCCUUCGUGUGCCUGAUCUGCCUGUCGGCCUUCACCACCAAGGCCAACUGCGAGCGGCACCUCAAAGUGCACACGGACACGCUGAGCGGUGUCUGCCACAGCUGUGGCUUCAUCUCCACCACAAGGGACAUCCUCUACAGCCACCUGGUCACCAACCACAUGGUCUGCCAGCCAGGCUCCAAGGGUGAGAUCUACUCGCCAGGGGCCGGACACCCAGCAACCAAGCUGCCCCCAGACAGUCUGGGUAGCUUCCAGCAGCAGCAUACGGCCCUGCACGGCCCCCUGGCCUCCGCGGACCUGGGUCUGGCGCCCACCCCAUCGCCAGGACUGGACAGAAAGGCCCUGGCAGAGGCCACCAACGGAGAGGCCAGAGCGGCCCCCCAGAAUGGAGGCAGCAGCGAGCCCCCGGCGGCCCCCAGGAGCAUCAAGGUGGAGGCGGUGGAGGAGCCGGAGGCCGCCCGUGCCCCGGGCACCGGAGAGCCUGGGACCCAGGCCCCGUCGCGGACGCCGUCGCCGCGCAGCCCCGCCCCGGCCAAGGUGAAGGCUGAGCUGUCCAGCCCCACGCCGGGCUCCAGCCCGGUGCCAGGGGAGCUGGGCCUGGCCGGGGCCCUGUUCCUGCCGCAGUACGUGUUCGGGCCCGAUGCGGCGCCCCCAGCCUCGGAGAUCCUGGCCAAGAUGUCCGAGCUGGUGCACAGCAGGCUGCAGCAAGGCGCGGGCGCGGGAGCCGGCGGCGCGCAGACCGGGCUCUUCGCGGGGGCCCCCAAGGGCGCUACGUGCUUCGAGUGCGAGAUCACCUUUAGCAACGUCAACAACUACUACGUGCACAAGCGCCUCUACUGCUCGGGCCGCCGCGCGCCCGAGGACGCGCCCGCCGCGCGCAGGCCCAAGGCGCCUCCCGGCCCGGCCCGCGCGCCCCCUGGCCCGCCCGCCGAGCCCGAAGCGCCGCGCUCGUCCCCGGGCCCCGGAGUGCGCGAGGACGGGGCCGGGGGUGCGGCCACGCCCGAGGACGGCGCGGGCGGCCGGGGCAGCGAGGGCAGCCAGAGCCCGGGUAGCUCUGUGGACGACGCGGAGGACGACCCCAGCCGCACGCUGUGCGAGGCCUGCAACAUCCGCUUCAGCCGCCACGAGACCUACAGCGUGCACAAGCGCUACUACUGCGCCUCGCGCCACGACCCGCCGCCGCGCCGCCCGGCCGCGCCCCCGGGAACCCCCGGGCCGGCCGCGCCCCCGGUCCCCGCCCCAGUCGCGCCCGUGCGCACGCGCAGACGCCGCAAGCUCUACGAGCUGCACGCGGCCGGCGCCCCGCCCCCCCCGCCGCCUGGCCACGCCCCCGCGCCCGAGUCGCCGCGGCCCGGAAGCGGAAGCGGCCCCGGCACCGCUCCUGCACGCUCGCCAGGCCCAGCGGCUGACGGUCCCAUCGACCUAAGCAAGAAGCCGCGGCGCCCGCCCCCCGGAGCCUCGGCACCAGCGCUGGCCGACUACCACGAGUGCACGGCCUGCCGCGUGAGCUUCCACAGCCUCGAGGCCUACCUGGCGCACAAGAAGUACUCGUGCCCCGCUGCGCCACCGCCCGGCGCGCUCGGCCUCCCCGCCGCCGCCUGCCCCUACUGCCCCCCGAACGGCCCGGUGCGCGGGGACCUGCUGGAGCAUUUCCGCCUGGCGCACGGCCUGCUGCUCGGCGCACCCCUGGCCGGCCCGGGGGUCGAGGCCCGGACGCCGGCCGACCGCGGCCCCUCGCCCGCACCUGCGCCCGCCGCCUCCCCGCAGCCUGAGCCUCGCGGCCCCCGGGAAGGCCUCGGCCCGGAGCUCCAGGAGCCGCCGCCGGGCCCGCCCCCGUCUCCGGCCGCCGCGCCCGAGGCCGUGCGCCCCCCGCCGGCGCCCCCCUCCUACUCGGACAAGGGCGUCCAGACCCCCAGCAAGGGCACGCCGGCGCCCCUACCCAACGGCAACCACCGGUACUGCCGCCUUUGCAACAUCAAGUUCAGCAGCCUGUCCACCUUCAUCGCCCACAAGAAGUAUUACUGCUCCUCGCACGCCGCCGAGCACGUGAAGUGAGCGCCCACACUACAGCCGCAGACGCUUUGCACGCCCCCCGGCGAGGCGGGGGAGGGUCCGACCCCAGGCCGUAUGGACUCUCGCUCCUGGGAACCCCGCCGCGCACAGCCCUCGGCGGAGGGGCUCGCAAGGGACAGCGCCCGCCUGGACCCUUGGCACUUAAUAAAGAAGUACAGUUUGAUGAGCAUGGUGGUGGACCAGCCUAGUUCUCUGAGCCGGCGGGCACACGCAGCCAGCGUCACCUCCACCCCCGGUUUGUACACAGGCCCCUGCGGCCCAGAGUGGCUGGGCCCCUGCCGGAGUCACACCGCAGGUGGUGCUAAGAGCUAGACCGAGCCUCAGGUUGGAGACCACAGCACACACUGAACCACUGCAGGUCCAGCUGCUCUGGGCCCACUCAACCCCACCCCUGUCCAUGAACCCCUAGGGAGGGCAGCCUCCGCACUGCUGACCCUCUCCGCGGCCUACUUGGCCACCAGACACAGAAGGGAAGGGCACUGUCCUGGCUGACCAUCCCCCAACCCUGCAUGGUCCUGGGGGUCCGAUGUCCCCCAUCCAGUCACAGACCACCAGGGAUGGCAGGGGUGGGGGCGCCCUCGGGAGGAUGAAGCCCUGUGGUCGCCAAGGAGGGGUAGAACGGGCGAGUAGGUGGACAGGAGAGGAAAAGCAAGGGCAAAGCGUUCCCUGGCCUUGAGGGGGUCCUGAUGCUCACUGGAGGGUGCCCCUCUCCCUCAGAACCAGGGCUGGGGACAGCUGUGUGGUGGUGGAGUGGGUGCAAGGGCCGGGGCACCCUACCCUGUCUUCCCUGCCGUGCUGGGCUGACCACACUGAGGGAAUACGUGGCUGACCACAGUGAGCCAGGGCAUCGCCUUGCCAUUUGCAGCUGGGCGGCUGUGGGCAGCCUCCAGCGUGCUUUCUCACUGGAGAACAAAAACAUUCCUCCAUUCCCAACGUCACUUUAUUUUUUUAUUUUUGGAAACAGGGUCUCACUCUCUUGGCCAGGCUGGAGUGCAGUGGCACACUCACAGCUCACUGCAGCCUUGACCUCGUGGCCUCAAGUGAUCCUCCCACCUCAGCCUCCUGAGUAGCUGGGGCUCCAGGUGUACACUACCAUCCCCAGCUAAUUUUCAUGUUUUUUGUAGAAAUGGUGUCUUGCUAUGUUGCCCAGGCUGGCCAACCCUAUUUUUUUUUUUAGAGCUGAGGUCAUGCUCUGUUCCCCAGGCUGGAGUUCAGUGGCAUGAUCAUAAGUCACCUGCAGCCUCAAACUCCUGGGCCGAAACCAUCUUCCUGCCUCAGCCUCCCGACUAGCUGGGACUACAGGCUUGACCCACCACACCUGGCUAACUUAACAAAUUUUUAUAGAGACAAGGUCUUGCCCAAGAUGGUCUCAAACUCCUGACCGCCAGUGCUCCUCCAGCCUCAGCCUCCCAAAGCAUUAGGGCUACAGGCGUGAGCCACCAUUCCCAGCCCAUUUCCAGCUCUGCUUGAACUAGCUGCAGUUUUUUUAGCUUUGCCCAGCAGCCCUGGUGAGUGCAAGCAAACGAGGCAGUGGUCUCGCCUCAGAAGCCCGAGGCACUUCCCAGCCGGUCCAGGGCUCACUCUCCUGCCCGCAGCUCCUGGGCCUGGGUCUGCAAUGCUUUCAGUGGUCUCUGAUGCCUUUGUCCACCUGCCCACUAGGGUGUCUGGCCAGAUGGGGCCUGUGGCCAAGGCCACUGGACAGACAGGGCUCCCACUGCCUCCCAGGGGCCUGAGCUUCUUUUCCUCACAGACACCCCUUUUGUUGAAGGCCAGGUGAUAAUGGGGACGGGAGGCACGGACCCCUCAGCCUGCUCAUAUUUGCAUUGUUCUGCAUGAAUUUGCAUGGAGGGUUCAGGAGGCUCUGCUCCCAGGUCCUCCCCAGGUGCAGGCAGAGGGUACAAGAUGUUCUAAGAAAUAGAAACCUUGGUGGGAGAUGUCACUGUGUGUUCAUUUAAAAGUAAACUUCUUAAAGGUG